GAUUGUAAAUAAUGGCGAAAGCGGGUGGGUUUUCACAAUAAGGUGCGAAUUUGACCGUUGCUACUCACUCUUUUUUUACAAAAAUAAACAAAGAAGGAAACCCCCAAAUUAAAAGCCCUUAUUUUCCAUAGCCGUUGAUACAUCGAAGAAAUAUAUUGUUCUGCGUUGGCUGAAAGUAUCAGAAAUAAAUCGGUAAAGGCUAGAAAUUCUCUACACAAUCGCAGCAACAGUAUCGAGAAAUUUCGUCAGACGGAAAAUACUUUUUAUUGGUAAACUGGAAUAUGGCAACCCCAGCUCAUCGUUUGAUCCAAGAUCAGAACCUCAAUAUCCUCUACAAUGGCCCCACUCCUGGGCAAAAAACUGAUCUACCAAAAGCAGAUAAUAAGCCUAAACAUCUUUCUGGAAGGAAAGCUCUCAAUGACAUAUCAAAUGCAAGAAAGCCUUAUUCGCUAAAGUCCGUGAAGAGAGAUAACUCGACAAAUGUCAUCUCUAUCGAGAAAGACCCUGUUGACGUUAGAGCAAAAAUCUCAAAGGCAGCUGCGAAGGGAAAAGCUAGCAGUAGAAAACCACUUACGGACGUCACAAAUUCUGUAAAACCACCUGCUGCCAAACAGGGCCUUAGCACGGUCAGGAAGUCGGAUGUUUUGAGUUGUGUAGCGGAAGAAAGGUUUGUACACAAUCAUGGAGAGUGCAUCAAAGCUCAGACGAAUGCUGUUGAUAUGGGCUAUUUUCUGAAGUCGGUUGGAUUGAGUAAUGAUAUUCCUAUGAAGCUAUCGGCUAAACAGGCACUCCCAUUAUCCUUAAAGAAGCCUGAGAGGAAUAACACCGAGCAUUCGGAAAUUGAAAUGCCAUUCAAAGAUGAGGAAGUUCUUCAAUGCUGUUCACCUGUGUGCAGAUCCCCUCAGUCACCAAAGGCCCCAUAUAUGAGCUGGGAUGAUAAGGAAUGUUCUGAAUUCAUGGUAAUUGAGACACCUAAGCUGAUGUAAAAAAAAAGACUUCUAUCAAGUUUAUUGGACUGCCAGAUUUUAGAGGACCAAGAUUAUCUGAUGAUAAUCCCUUAGUGAUUUAUCAUGAUGACAUUGAAGAUUUUCUUAUGUCUUAAAAGGCCUGUCUCUUGAUUUCUAGAAAAUCCCAUGUCUAUUGUUUGCUUUAUUAGUGAUUACUAUUUUACUAACUGGACUGUUGAUACCUAGGUGUUUUGCCUUCCCUUGAUUUUUGGAAAAUGCCAUGUUUAUUGUUUGCUUUACUAGUGAUUUUGCUUUUACCAGAACUUAGGAGGAAAUUAUGCCUGGCCCGAACUAAUUCAAAAGUAUUUGCAUAUCUACCAUGAUUUAUUUUUAUUAGCACAUUUGAA